AUGUUAUACUCAAUUGUUACACUGAGUAUAUUGAUGGUGAUGAUCGGACCUGUCGCCAGUGGCCAGACCGCCGGAGCCAUCAUUCGUCCGGAUGGAAUGGAUGAGGAGCAACUGAAAUUUAUUUCCGACGUGAAUCAAUUGAGACAGAAGUUUGCCGAGAAGUGGAAGAUUCAAAAUAUGCAGAUGUUGAUAUGGAGCAAAGAACUGCAGAAUUCAAUCAAAGAACCAAAGCAUCCCUGGAAUCUUACACAUUAUAGCACACGAAACUGGCGACUCAUGAAUUUGAAGGAUUAUAAAGCAACGUUUAAGGAAAGCAAAGGAAAAUGGAAUGAAUUCACUGAAGACGAUGUGAUGAAAAUAGGAGAUUCAACAAAAUCAAAUGUCUACCAUCACGAAUUAGAACUUUUUAAUCCGAAUCAAAGUGCAAUUGGAUGUGCCAGACACAAUCUAAAACAUGAUCUCAAUGUGACUUGUUUAAUCGGAUUCAAUGGGCCCCUAGCCGCAGCACCAAGAUACCAAUCUGACCAGAAAUGCACGUCGCCACUCAAAGAAGUCGAUGGAUUGUGCACAUCUGGUUUUGGUUCUAAUAAUGUUUUUAAGGAUUCUAGUGAAUUGAUGUUUAUAAGUGUGUUGAAUGAGAAGAGACGAGAGAUGGCAAAACGAGACAAUAUUUCUAACAUGUAUGAGUUGAACUGGUAUCCAAAUUACAAAACAAAAGCAGAAAAAUUUAUCAAAGAUCUCAAAAUUGACACACAAUCUGUGCCCUUUCGAAUCGCGGUAUUCCAAACCUACUCGAACGGAUUAGAAUACUGCUAUCAAAACUGCAAAAACCAGACAUUCGAAACUUAUUAUGGCCCGAAAGAGGAGCUCACGAUAGGACAAGAACCGUUCCAUCCAUUACAAACUAGAAUCGCGUGCGCCAAGAAUUCGAAGAAAGGCAACAUUAUGUGUUUGUUGGGUGAGAACCCAUAUUAUGCAAAGUUCGUUCAUGGUUUCCCUGGCUCCAAAUGUAACAAGAGAUACGAGAACAAGGAUGGGUUGUGCUGCAAAAAGGAGGAUCCCCCAGCGGCAUUGCCAACUCCUCCAACGGCACCAUCAACAGAAGUCACAGUCGAGCCCGUCCAGCAAUCACCACCCACAACCACUCAACCACCACCUAAAGAUUCAGAUGACGGUACCUGCCCGAACACCCCUCCAGGACCUUCUCAAACAAGAUUCACAACUGAGAAAGUGACACCCGAACCGCCGCCAACACAUCCACCAGAGCUCGCCGAUUAUGAGGAGAUUGAUGGUGAUGAGUAUGAUGAAGACUUUCCGACUGGUAGCCCUCCGUCGCAGAAUGUUUACUGGUACAAUGAAAAUGAUAGUAGAUGGGGUGGUGGAGGAUUAGGAAGAUGGAUUCUACUUUUGUGUCUUUUUGUGUUUCUUGUCUGA